CAUAAUUUCUCUAGCACCAGUUCAUUUCGAUCCAUUACGGGCUCCUUCCUUCGUCACAACAAAACCAACCACUGCUGGAGAAUGGCAAUAUUUGUAGAGCUACUGUUGGCGAUGGUGCUUUUGCCGAUUGUACUCCAGGUGGGCGGUCCGUACGCCACGGCCGAAAAGGUUUGGGUCGAUCGGGACCAAGUGUACUGUGGCCAUAUCGAUUGUACGCGGGUCGCUACCUUCAAGGGUGAGCGAUUCUGCAGCCCGUGCGAUACGCGACACUUUUGCGAAUGUAAGGAAACGUUGGAGUCGCUGCCGUACAUGUACGAAUGCCCCGGCACGGAACCGUGCCAAACGAGCGAUCGGCGUGGGACCUGCCAGAAAACGAUGCAUGACAAACUGUGCAACCUUAUCGACAAACCCUUCCUGGAACAGUGAGCAGUUUUUAUUGGGUGUUUGAAAAUAAAAUCAAAAAUAUGUUUCAAAACUUAGAUGUUGGAGAAGCAGUCUAAAAGUUCAAUAAAAAUAAAAGUUUCCCAAAAAGAA